AUGGCUGUUGAGGCUUGUGCCAAACGAAAAUUGAUGGAUGAUAUGGAUGAGGAUGAUGAGCCCCUAGUAUUUAAACGGAGCAGCUCAUCAUCAAAGCAAAACCAAUCAAAUCCACAGGUGCAAAAGUCGUCUUCAUCUCAAAAGCUUGACCGAAAAUUAGGAAGGCCGAUGCCUGAUGUGCGAUCUCAAAAUGGUCAAAGUUCCGGGGUUCAAAAGGGUAAGAUGGUUUCAUCUUCCAAAUCACCACCCAUUAAAUAUCCGCUGUGUAGAUCUGAAGCAUCUGAUUCAUCUGCUAAGGCAUCUGUAUUGAGGUCUCCUGAGGCAAAUGUGAAAUCUUCUGCGAUAAAUCGUUCAGGAAAUGUUAAUCUACAGAUGAAGGUGGAGAAGCCUUCGUCUGGGCCUACUGCUGAUCCAAAUGACUCUGAUGAUUCGGAAGAUGAUAAACCACUUAGUGCUAGGCUUCCUACUGGCUUAUCAAAGAUCAACUCGAACAAUGCCAGCAAAGGAUCCGGUGCUUCACGUUUGAGUCAAAAGCCGAGCAUCCCCAAACAGGAAGAUUCUGAUGAUGAAAAGCCUUUGUCAUAUAAGGUCCAAUUGAAGUCUAAUGUAGGGACAUCUACUAGCAAGUCCUAUAAUUCGGAUGAAGAAAAGCCCAUUGCAGCAAAAAAUAACCAAAAUGGAUCUGUCUUACGUGACAGUGGUUCAAAUAAACCUUCAACCGUGUUAAGUAAGAGAUCUGCCAGCGAGGUAAAAUCUGCUGGGCAAUCUUCUAUAAAAAAGCAUAAGCUUUCCAAUGCAUCAGUGCCUAUUAAUAAUAAGCAAGCAUCUGUUAAAGCUGAGCAAAAGGUAGAGGAUGAUGAUGAACAUGUUCCCAUAUCUCAGAGAAUGAAGAUGCCGGCUGCUUCAGAUAAGAAAUCAUCAGCCGUUACGAAAGUAACUAAAGUUGUUUCUUCUUCACUUAAUAAAACAAAUAAGAAAUCAAAGAAGGUGAUGAAACAAUCUCAGUACUCCAAGUCAUCAAAGGUUCCUCCAGGCUCUGGUGAAGGGCAGAAAUGGACUACCUUGAUUCACAAUGGUGUGAUAUUUCCACCUCCAUACCAGCCUCAUGGGGUUAAGAUUCUCUACAAGGGGAAGCCAGUUGACUUAACACCCGAACAAGAGGAGGUGGCCACGAUGUUCGCGAUGAUGUUAGAUACUGAAUACAUGAACAAACCUAAGUUCAAAGAAAAUUUCAUGAGUGACUGGAGGAAAAUACUGGGAAAGAAUCACAUUAUUCAAAACUUGGAAUACUGUGAUUUUACCCCAAUAUAUGAAUGGCACCAGAAAGAAAAGGAGAAAAAGAAACAAAUGACUACAGAAGAGAAGAAGGCCAUAAGAGAAGAGAAGUUGAAGCAAGAGGAGAAGUAUAUGUGGGCUGUUGUUAAUGGAGUCAAAGAGAAGGUUGGGAACUUCAGGGUUGAACCACCUGGAUUGUUCCGAGGUCGUGGAGAGCAUCCAAAGAUGGGGAAGCUUAAAAAACGCAUACGUCCUAGCGACAUCACUAUAAAUAUUGGAAAGGAUGCACCAAUUCCAGAGUGUCCUAUCCGUGGUGAAAGCUGGAAAGAAAUAAGACAUGACAAUACCGUGACAUGGUUAGCAUUUUGGAAUGAUCCAAUCAAUCCAAAGGAGUUCAAAUAUGUUUUCCUUGCAGCCAGCAGUACCCUGAAAGGGCAAAGUGACAAGGAGAAAUAUGAGAAAUCAAGGCUUUUGAAGGACUAUAUACAAGGUAUAAGAGCAGCUUAUACCAAGGAUUUUGCAAGUAAAGAUCUCACGAAGAAGCAGAUAGCGGUUGCUACCUAUCUUAUUGAUAAACUAGCUCUUAGGGCAGGCAACGAGAAGGAUGAUGAUGAAGCUGAUACAGUUGGUUGCUGCACAUUGAAAGUAGAAAAUGUAGAACCAAUGCCUCCAAAUAUUUUGAAGUUUGAUUUCCUUGGUAAAGAUUCUAUACGGUAUCAAAAUGAGGUUGAGGUUGAAUCUGCCGUGUUCAAGGCAAUCCAACAGUUCCGGAGUGGCAAAAAGGGUGGUGAUGAUCUUUUUGACAAGCUUGAUACAAGUAAACUUAAUGCUCAUUUGAAGGAACUCAUGCCUGGUCUGACAGCAAAAGUUUUCCGUACAUACAAUGCAUCAAUUACCCUGGACGAGAUGCUUAGUAGGGAUACAAUGGGUGGAGAUGUAGCUGAGAAAGUAGUUGUUUAUCAACAUGCAAACAAGGAGGUUGCAAUCAUUUGUAAUCAUCAACGUACUGUCUCAAAGACACACAGUGCCCAGAUGUUGCGUUUGAAUGAAAAGAUAGAAGAAUUAAAGGGUGCUCUGGAAGAGUUGACGACAGAUUUGGCUAGAGCAAAGAAAGGAAAGCCCCCACUGAAGGGUGCUGAUGGGAAACCGAAAAGGAAUCUGAACCCUGAAGCAUUAGAGAAAAAGAUAGCUCAAACAAAUGCGAAGGUUGAAAAAAUGGAACGAGACAAGGAGACCAAAGAGGAUUUGAAAACUGUAGCAUUGGGCACAUCAAAGAUCAAUUACCUUGAUCCUCGAAUCACAGUUGCAUGGUGCAAACGUCAUGAAGUUCCUAUCGAGAAGAUAUUCAACAAGUCUCUCCUGGCAAAAUUUACUUGGGCAAUGGAUGUGGAUCCUAGUUUCAGAUUCUAA